AUGGAUCGCAAGAAACCUCCUUCCGCUUUCCGGUUGAGCUUGCAGGGCCUGCCUUAUGAUCAGACCGUUCCAGAUCGACCGCCCAUACCCAUCACCACACGAUCUGCAGAACCUACAGCUGAACAAUACAAAACUUACGGCAUUGCGCAGCCUACGUAUAUGAGCGCAAGGUCAGGGUUGGAUCAAGAGAAGGGCCCCAGAUGCGACUCGGGGUUGGCUGCAACGUCCGUGAGAGAUAGCGCAAUCACUGUCCACACCGAAGACCACUCUGCUGGGAGCAUUAGAUCUGCUCUAAGCGUGCCUCAGAUCCUGCUAGACAACCAGGCAAUCUCAGUUCCGCCGCCACACAGAAGUGAAAGAGCAUGGCUUGAUGUGAAGCAGACAAAUUCAAUACCAUCACCAUCUACAACUAUUGAUCGUCCUUUCCAAGGCCUCACACUGGACAUCUCAACCGGUGAUCUAGUGGACGAUUUUCAACCCGAGAGGAUAGAGUUCAGCAAAAGGGGGAGCAUGUUAUUUGGGGGCAGAAAGGUUACUGAACCAGCGAAGCCGGUCAAUGGCCUACUACAACCGGGAUUCGGAAGUCGUCGCGUCAAGUCCAACCCAUCGCUCAGGAAGAGGCCUGCAGCAAAGGUUUUAUCUACGGACGAAGAGUUGCUCUCGCAUAAAGUUAGAUCAUACUACGAGUCAGGAACGGACUGUGCAAAUGGUUGGGACCAAGACUCGUUUCUAGGGCAGCAAAUGAGUCGGCAAUGGCAAGAUACCUGUGCGAGCCUGGAGGGUACUUCUGUUAAGACAUCAAUUUCUGAUGUUCGCAGCGAUCCUUCUACAGCAGAUCAGACUCCUGAGUCGCGAAGAGAAAGGACGAUCGAGAAAGAAGAGCUCGAGUUGGCAGGCGGCUUAGAAUAUUGGCGAGAUAUCCAGAAUGGGGAUGUGGACAGAUACGGUUUCAUUAUGCCGCGGAGCUCUACGGUGGACGCCGUCAACAGUGGUGCUAUGAAGCGAUCACGUUCUUCUAGGGAGCCACCAGCUUUACAACGAGUUUCGACAAGUCUACAACUGGCAGCUGAUGCUCCAAGGCGGAAACUCGCGAUGAGAAGAAGCCCAAGCAAUGCAAAUAGUGUGCAGUCAGCAAUUCCAGGACAGAUGUCGAUCAGACAACCAAAGAUUCGAAUCACAAGGCCUAGGUCUUCACAAAGCUCAUAUCAAGGAAGUUUAUCCGGUGGCAGUUCGAGAUUACGGCAAGCAACGAACCGAUUACCACAUAAUCGUGAUCGCAGAUUCAUGGAUGAGGCGGGAGAUAUGUUGACGCUACCGUAUGGCUUGGGAGAUAUUGCCGAGAACGGCGAGUCUGAAGCCAGAGAGGUGCAUGUGCGAAGAAAGGAGGUCGAACGGGAUGAGAAGUGGCGUAAGAUGGCCAAAGUGGUGUCAAAGACACCGGAUGGAGGAGGUACACGGUUUGAAUUCGACACCCACAGCCCCAAGCUGAUAGAACGAACAUGGAAGGGCAUUCCCGACCGAUGGCGCGCAACCGCAUGGCAUGCCUUCUUGUCAGCAAGUGCCAAAAAGAGGAAAGAGAGUUUGUCUGAUGAAGAGCUCAUCGCGAUUUUCCAUGAGCAUCAAUCUGACAGUUCACCGGACGAUGUACAGAUCGACAUCGAUGUUCCGCGAACUAUCAGCAGCCACAUCAUGUUCAGAAGAAGGUACCGAGGUGGUCAGAGGUUGCUCUUCCGUGUCUUACAUGCAAUGAGCCUGCAUUAUCCCAACACUGGCUACGUGCAGGGCAUGGCGGCGCUAGCUGCGACUCUGUUGGCUUACUAUGAUGAAGAGAACGCAUUCGUGAUGCUUGUAAGAUUGUGGGACUUACGUGGGCUUGACAGGCUGUAUAUGUCGGGCUUCGAAGGUCUGAUGGAAGCACUGGAUGACUUUGAGAAGAAAUGGCUUAAAGGUGGUGAGAUAGCCGCGAAACUGACCGAGCUGGGCAUACCUCCCACGGCGUACGGAACGCGCUGGUAUCUCACCUUGUUCAACUACUCCAUUCCAUUUCCAGCUCAGCUUCGAGUAUGGGACGUUUUCAUGCUCCUUGGAGACUCGGACAGCGGGUCCGCUCCUAACGUAAGUGUACAGCCCAGUCCAUUUGGCACCACACUUGAUGUACUUCAUGCCACGUCGGCCGCAUUGAUCGACGGCACUCGCAACAUUCUCCUAGACUCGGACUUCGAAAACGCCAUGAAGGUCCUCACGAGCUGGGUUCCCAUUCAGGAUGAAGAUCUCUUCAUGCGGGUUGCAAAGGCUGAGUGGAAGAUGCAUCGUCGGAAAGCAUAG